UUUUUUCUCCUUUUCAGGUUAUAUGCCUCUCCAAAGAAGAAACUGACUCCAAUGCAAAAAUCUAUUAGUCCAUUAAUUUGGUGCAGGCAGGUGUUGGAUUACCCAAGCCCUGACAUUGAAUGUGCUAAAAAAUCACUGAUCCACAGGCUGGAACAGACAAUGUCAGUUCUCAAGAGACAGAGUUUGUACAAUAACCCUUUCAGUGCGGUCAGUUACACAAGCUCCUAUAGUCCAAAUACUAGUAGUCCCUACAGCAGUGGUUUCAACUCUCCCUCCUCAACACCAGUGAAAUCUGCUUUAUUGAAACAGCUCAUACCUCCUGGUUCCUCAGGUCAUCUUAAAAGUUCAGCAGAUAGAAACCCUCCACUAAGUCCACAGUCCUCUCUGGACAGUGAGUUAAGUGCUUCAGAAAUGGAUGAAGAUUCUAUUGGAUCAAAUUACAAGCUAAAUGAUGUUACAGAUGUGCAAAUUUUAGCACGAAUGCAGGAAGAAAGUCUCCGGCAAGAGUAUGCAGCAACUACUUCUCGACGUAGUUCGGGUUCUUCUUGCAAUUCUACAAGACGAGGCACGUUCAGUGAUCAGGAGCUUGAUGCACAGAGUUUAGAAGAUGAAGAAGAUGGCACACAUCACACAGUGCACCCUGCUGUUAACAGGUUCUCACCAUCACCUCGCAGCUCUCCCUGGCCUUCACCAAAACAAUCUCCAAGGAAUUCACCUCGUUCCCGAUCACCUGCUCGAAGCAUAGAGUACAGUAGAGUAUCUCCCCAACCUAUGAUUAGCCGUUUACAGCAACCUCGUCUUUCACUUCAAGGCCAUCCUACAGAUUUACAGACUAGCAAUGUCAAAAGUGAAGAAAAAUUAAGGCGUAGUCUUCCAAACUUAUCCAGGACCUCUAACAUCCAAGCUGAAUCUGUGAAAAACAGCAGAAGUGACUCAAACUUCCAAGUGCCAAAUGGAGGAAUACCUCGCAUUCAACCUCAAGCCUCAGCCACUCUGCAAAGGCAGAAAAAUUUGCCUCGUGCUGCCUUCAAAACCAAACAGUUUCUUCAAACUCCAUCUACAAAAGGAGUACCUUCUCCAAGUAAAUUCCGCUCACCUGCAGCACCGUCUCCCCUAGCUCUCCGACAACCAGUGAAAGCAUUUAGUAACCACGGACCUGGUUCUGUUGCUUCUCCAGAAGCUGCACAGCUGACACACAGUAGUUCUUCACCAGGGCCUCUUGCAGCUCAGAGUUCAGGCUUGCCAAGCCCUGCCAACAGUAUUAACAGUACUACUCUUACCAGACCAGCAGGGACGGCAGGGAUGAGGAGUGGUUUGCCCAGACCCAGUGCCCCUUCUACUGGGGGCAUCCCAGUGCCUCGCAGCAAACUUGCACAGCCUGUUCGCAGAUCAUUACCUGCUCCCAAAACGUAUGGCAACAUGAAAGAUGAGAGUUGGAAAGAUGGCUGCUACUGAGCUGCAAAGUUCCAGUGCUCAUGGAUAUUUCCUCACCAGGCUAAAAAACAGCUUGAUUAUACAGACUGUUCAGAUGUGACUUUUGGGAUUUGUAAAAAUCUCAGACCUCUCUGUCUCUAAUUAGCACAAACUGGCAGAGAUUAUAAAGCAGCACUUUAAUGACAUCUAACAUCAGAUGUUUGGUGAUCAUACAAUCGCUUUUACAUGAAAUUGCUAUCAGUUCUGUUGGGUUUUUUUUCCUUGCUUGCUAAAAGUGUUAUCAAUUUGAGCAUUUAUGACAGUGGCCGAUGUCUGGGCAAAAACCUUACGAAUGCCAAAGAAAUGCCCAUCUUGAAAAACAGCAAGUAUAACAGCCAACUUACGUUGUCCAAAACUUCAGUCUGUUUUAAUUCAGCAGAGAGAGUGGUGAAUAUGUACGAUUGAAACAAGACUAAAUUAAUCAGAACUAAUAGUCUGAUUGCAGAAUGCUACAGUGCUAGUGGAACAUUGAUUUUAACAAUUGUAUAAGAUUCUUGUUGGGGAAAGUGGUACGUACAUCCUUCAGAAAGAAUCAGAAGUUAUUCUGGAGGAUUAAGCAGAACAGUAAAUAGUAGUCAUGGCUUUAUGGCUUUUUUUUUUUUUUUUAAAUCAGUAAAGUUUGAAUGUAGCAGACAUACACAAAUGCAAUAGUAUAAAUUGCAUCUUUCCUAUGCUGAUUUGACAUAUCAGUUUUACUUGCUCUUAUGAGUUCGAUUGCCAAAAGGGCUUAGUAUCAGUUGUACAAUCUUUCUGAACCUUAAAUUCCUUGCUCAGGAAAGAUGGCCUUUGCUAUUGUAGCCACAUUUUUAACACAUGGCUUGCUAUUUGGAGAAAACUUUUUUUUUUAUAGCAGGUUUCCUUAGAAAGCGAAGAGCAAGUAGUACUAUUAAUUUGUUCUAAUACCAUACCACUAUGCUUACAGCCUGGAACACAACUGUAAAUGCUGAUAGUUAACGAGAAGGAAACACAACUAUGCACUUGUAACAUACAAAUUCCAAGGUAAUGAGUUGUACUCUUUAUGCCAAAUGAUAUUCAUUUAGGUGAUAUUCCAUGGUAUGAGGGAGUUUUCUGUAUCCUAUUUUUUUACUUUCAUCCAUUUCUUAAAUUGGUUUAUUUUAAAUUGUAAAUAUUUUUACAGAAGCUAUUGCCCAUGUAAGUGUGUUUAAAUAUGUACUUUGCCUUACGUAUGUGUAUCUUACGUUACUGGUAACAGAGUAUGAAACCUGCUACAUCUGUUUACAAACUAUUAAAUUCCUCUGGUGGCUCUGACAUAUUCUAACAUUCACAUCUUGGUCAGAAGAGCUCAUUCAUAUAAUUAGCAUUUGAACAAUUGCUUUCUGUUUCGGAAGAUGUCACGCAAACAUUUGUAACGUAUUGGGUGGGAAGAGUUAAAUGGAAGGGAUUUUGUUUGAAGCUUUUUUUAGUAUUUUGGAUGUACAGUUGAUGAAGUAACAGGACGUGAAUGGGUGUACUUUGUGCAAUGACUGACAAACACUAAAAGUUGGAUUGGACGGUAGGUAGCCUUCAGCCCCAUUGCCAUCAAAGUUGUGAACUGCUGGUGUGCUUUGAUUCCCACCACUAAGAGGAUUACUAAUCCUGAAAUUCUAGCACUUGAAUUUUAGGCCAGCAUUAACGUAUUCCUGGAUGAAAAGCCAUGCAAUACUACUUGAGUUGGAAGAAGCCAAAUAGGAAGGAGAGGAGACUAGUUUGCAGCUCUAAUUACUCAAGCAGCUGUAGGCAGACUUUGGAUUGACUAAUGACUUCACACUCCAAACUGAGAUCUGUGCUGAGACUUUGAAGUCAGGGUAUCAAAUAUACUGUAAUUCAAUAAGAUUUCAGCAGGGGUAAAAAUCCUACCUUCUACCACUAGACCAGUACAUACCACUAAUCUAGCCUUGUGCCGUUUUCUGGCACAGAUAAUGGAGAUCAGUUAGUAAAUAUCUCGUGUAACUACUAAGCAGAAGAGAGGACUAGAUCAAACAUACCUAUUCUCAUUGAAGUCCAAAUUUUAACGUUUCAGCAUUUUACAAAGCAAUGUUGCAGUCGUCAUUGAAAAGAGGAAGAUUUUAAUUGGUGGAUUCUUUUAAACACUUAAUUAACUUUUAAAUUUGGAAAGUUAGUUUAGAUGAAGAUACUGGGGUUUUACCAUGGCUGCAUCAAAUUAUUGUGUUUCCUUAAGUUAAGUAAUUCAUCACUUGGAGAAUAAGUUGAGCUUAACUUCUAUAAGCGUUCUUUUCUCUGCUCUUCUACUCCCCCUGAAACAUAGUUAACAACUUCCUGAAAAGAGAAACUGUCUGUUUACUAGAAAGCCUUUGUGCAUUACCAGUUUAUUGAUAUCAGGAAACUGUGGGGCUCCGUGUUUAGAGAUAUACUGCAGAAGUGUGGAAAUAUGGAUUUGAUAAACUAGUGCCUAUGAUUUACUUAACUUAUGUUUGAUAUAGUAGUAAGGGUUUUAUGAAUGUGGAUUACUUUUUGUGCCAACAGCUCGGAAUUGUUGUAUGUGUGUAGGCAGAAAGACUUGUUCUGCUUCCAAAGUUAUUUAAUUUUUUUGUGUUUGAAUGUUUUUGUAAGUGUUAAAA